AUCCACUUCGUUGCUAUGUACGCACAUGUGGAUAUCGGCAUAUGGCAACAGUACUUGCAUUUCCGGAUUCACAAACUAAGGCUCAAGAACUGAAGACUUUUGCUCAGGUUGAGAUUAAACCAAAAGUAUUUCUGUAAAAAUGGCCAAACUGAUCAGUGCCCCUCCCAAGUUCACCCACCAAGAAUGGGCCUACUCCAACAAGACCAACUACAACAAUGCUGAGAAGCAGCGAGCGAGUGCAGAGCGGCUCAUCGAUGAGAGCGAGCGACUCAUCGACGAGACGGACGAAGUGACCAAGAGAACACAAAGAGAUGUCAACAAGAAGUUUGAGCAAAGAGUACAUGAUGUGACAUUCUGGAAGGACGAAUUGAACAGAAAACUUGAUGACACCAAGACUGAGAUAGACACACUACUUGCCUAUAAAACCAGACUACAGAACGCCCUGGAAGCGUGCCGGGAACCGCUGGCAAUUGUCAACCAGUGUCUGCUAUUCAGGGAGGGUCGUGUAGCCAUCGACCUCGUCCACGAUGACGUCGAGAAGAACCUCCUCAAGGAACGAGAGACCAUCCAGGGUGUCAUGGCCUUGCUGCAGCGUACCUUGGACCAGACCACGGAGCAGAUCCGAGUCAUGCGGUCACGUCGCUACACCCUGGAGAAAGACCUGACGGACAAGUUUGCCGCUCUGGACAUCGACCAGGACUGCAGGGAGCUCAGGGACGACAACCCACACCUCAACUUCAAAUCCGGCGUUGCCAAAAUCGAAACCAACUCCGUAACCCCGGAAGACUGGCAGAAAUUCACAAACGAGAACAUUUUGAAGACGGAACGCGACCGCAAGAAUGCCGUGGACCUGCGGGCCGUCAUCGACAGCCUGCUUGAAACAACGGAAGACGACAUGAAGAAGCAAGUCAGCGACACUAACCUGGCCUUCAGGAAACGCAUCGGAGAAACACAGGCUACAAAGAGUGAACUGGAGACACAUCUGGCCAAGGUCUUGGGACAAAUCGAAGAGAUGGAGAAGAACAUCCAGAACCUAACCAAGGCCAUCGAAGACAAGGUGGGCCCCAUGAAGCUAUCGCAGACACGCCUGGACGCCCGGACCAACCGACCCAACGUGGAGCUGUGCCGAGACCCUGUCCAGUACCGCCUGAUCAACGAGACGGCCGAGAUCAAUGCCAGUGCAUCCAAGCUGCAGGCCACGCUGGACGAGGCUCAGGACCAGCUGAAGGGACUGAUCCGGCAGCAGCAGACGUUAGAGGAAGACAUUGACAUCAAGUCCAAGUCCAUCUAUGUCGACAAUGUCAAGUGUAUGGGGCUGCGGCAGAGCAUCAAUAUUAUGAAAUUCUGAAAAUUCUGCACUACUCGAUAAGAAUCUUUUCAGGUGUACAUAGGGUUCAUAUUAAACGUAGUUACUUGGGGUUUGGCAGUGUUAAUUAAGUAUCGUGACAUUUUGAGAAGUUAGCACAACUUGACAAUAAAAAGCUUUUCGGGUACAAGUGUGAUAGGUCAAUGGUACGGUACUUGUACUGUGGCACAGCAUCAAGAUCAUGAAUUUCUGAGACAUGAGCACUUCGUUAUUGUAAGAAACUUGUCAGCUAUAUUGGGGGGGGGGGGCUUAUAUAACAAGCGGAGUUACUUGGGCUGCAGUAGAGCAUUUGUAGAGAUGUUUAGCACUUGUUAACAUGUUGCUGCUGUCAAUCAAGCUUCUAUGAGUGACCUGGGUUUUGGGAUUAGUAUUUUAAUUCAAGACUGAAAGGUGGUUUUGGAUUGACGGCCAACUUGAAUAAAGUAUAUUGGUGAAAUCAUUGUUGACAUUCGAGUUGCAAUUUACCACAUUUGUACAUGUACGGGUGAUGCAUUUGAGGUGCAUGCAAAUACACAAAACUGUGUGAGACUGGUUAUAGAGUUUUGGUACAUGUACUUUAUGACAGUUCAAUACUCGCCAGUUGCAGAAUGCUUAGUAUUUUAUUCAAGAUGGCUGAAUAUCGUUAAAUAUAAAGUGUCCUAUGGGAAAAUGACCUUAUUAAUCCGUCCAGCUAUUAAGGCUUUCCAUUUUGUAAGCAUGAUUGUUUUAUUUUGUAUAGAUUCAUAAUAAUUUGCAUAUAUGGACUACAAUAAUGGUUCAAGUAUUAAAAUGAGAUCAGAUAUAAGACUUACUUGAUAUAAUUGUAGGUGUUCAGAAUUGCACUUCUGUGUACAUGUAUUUUGAAUGGUAAGUAAAACAUUUUCUGUGGCAAAACAGUUCUGCAUCGUCAAAAUAAUAGGAUAUUUGCUGUUGAUUGCAAUGCAGUAACAACUAAGAAUGACAUCAAAGUUGACAAAGUUUGGCAUCUGAAACUUAUUUAAUAUUUCUUGUAAUUCAUCAGCAAUAUAAUUAUUUUUUUCUUCAAAAUAAAAAAAUUCUGUAUCAACAUUUAUUCAGUUUUUAUAAAAACUUAGGACGUCAUAACAAAAUGUUACAUCCUUUUUAUGAAAAGAAUUUCGGUUAAAAUUAAUUUUCUUUUUUGAAUAACGGGCAGAUAUAUCCUUUGGUUACUUACUUAUAACAACAUAUAUAUGCCUUGCUUCUUCAACCUUCAUUACAUCCAGAAACAAAAGGAACGCACUUUAUUAGACAAUUGUAAAUUAAGCAAUUUUGUACAGUACAGUGGAUUUAAAGGAAAAGUGUAUUUGUGGUUAAUAAAUUUCCAGUUGUAUUCUAAUGCAA